AUGAUUUAUUAUUCAAUUUUCAUAUGGUCUUUACUUAUCAUAACAACUGUUUCGAAAGCAAAUGUCGAUUUUGAUAUCUAUGGUUCAACGGCAAAUGGAUGGGAGUUUGUUAAAGACUUUUUGAGACAAAAUAUUCGCGAACAACGAGAUAUAGGUACAUCUGUAGCAAUUUAUCAUCAAGGAAAUUUAGUUGUUGAUUUAUGGGGUGGAUGGUUCGAUCGAACACAAAUGAAACCCUAUGAUAAUAAUACAUUACAAUUAGUAUUUUCAACAUCGAAAGGUUUAGUAGCUGUAGCUGCGGCACUUUGUGUUCAACGCGGUCUACUUGAUUAUUCAGCAUUAGUAACAAAAUAUUGGCCAGAAUAUGGAAACAAUGGCAAAGAAAAUACAACUGUAGCUGACAUUCUUUCACAUCGUGCUGGAUUACCUUUCGAGAAUUCAUCACUUGAACAAUCUUCCAAUUGGGAAGCAAUGAUACAUGCAUUAGAGCAGCUAAAACCAGUAUGGCCACCUGGAACAACACAUGGUUAUCAUGCAUUAACAUAUGGUUGGUUAGCUGGUGAACUUGUUCGACGUGUUGAUCCAAUGAAAAGAACUUUAGGAGGAUUUAUUCGUGAUGAAAUUGCAAAACCAUUAGAUAUUGAAUGGUAUAUUGGUUUACCAUCUGAACAAGAAUAUCGAGUCUCACCAAUAGAUUUCAAAUCCUAUGGAACAUUUAAUCAAACAUUACCUGAUUCUUAUGAAGCGUUUAAUAGUAAGACUACACAUCAAGCAGAAAUUCCGGCUGCUAAUUCAAUAACUAAUGCUCGAUCUGUAGCAAAACUCUAUGCAUCUUUAAUGAGUGAUUUAGACAAUAACAAAUAUAAACGAUUAUUAAAUGAAGAAAUCUUAAAACGGGCAACUAAAUCGAAUACACCUGAUGGUGAACUUGAUUUUGUAAUACACUUUCCAACUAAAUUUAGUAUGGGUUUUAUACUUUUGGAUGAUAUUUUUCCAUUAUUGGGACCUGGAGUAUUUGGUCAUAAUGGAGUUGGAGGAAGUAUUGGUUUUGCUAUACCAUCAAAGAAUUUUGCAUUUUCCUACGUUAUGAAUCGAAUGGAUGCUGAAAUAGCCAUCGAUGUUGAUCUUCGUUACAAAGCAAUGUUAAACAAAAUUUCAACUAUAAUUAAUACUAGUACUACUACUCCUUCUACUACUACUGAUAAUAAUAAUAAUACAAGUUUUCAUAAAAAACUCUCUCCAUAUUUAUUAUUUUUAUGUUCUAUCCUAUUUUUCUAUCAAGUUUAUUUGUAA